UGGGGUAUAAGAAUUGCUUUGUCCUUAUAUGACAAUAUAUAAGAAUUUUAAUAAUAUAUAGUUGAGACUUGAGACUUGAGAAGCACCACUGAUAAUUUCAUAGGAACUCAGCAUUCAUAAUCAAUUUAGCAUAUUCAGAUGGCUAGCAGCAGCAACUCCUCUUCUUCAGCUCUUAUGGCAUUGCCAAGGAGGAAGAAUUAUUAUGAUGUGUUUGUCACCUUUAGAGGCGAAGAUACUCGCUUCAACUUCAUUGAUCAUCUUUUUGCUGCCCUUCAAAGAAAAGGCAUUUUUGCAUUUAGAGACGACACUAAUCUUCAAAAAGGUGAAUCCAUACCACCCGAGCUCAUUCGUGCAAUUGAAGGGUCUCAGGUUUUCAUUGCGGUCCUCUCCAAAAACUAUGCUUCCUCAACUUGGUGCUUGCGAGAAUUGGUACACAUCCUUGACUGCAGUCAAGUUUCUGGAAGACGUGUUCUUCCUGUUUUUUAUGAUGUUGAUCCUUCUGAGGUGAGACAUCAAAAAGGAAUUUACGGUGAAGCCUUUUCCAAACAUGAACAAACAUUCCAACAUGAAUCUCAUGUGGUACAAAGUUGGAGGGAAGCUCUGACACAAGUGGGGAAUAUCUCUGGCUGGGAUCUUCGUGAUAAGCCUCAAUAUGCUGAGAUUAAAAAGAUUGUUGAAGAGAUAUUGAAUAUAUUGGGUCACAACUUUUCAUCUCUUCCAAAAGAACUAGUUGGUAUGAAUCCUCAUAUAGAAAAAGUAGUAAAUCUAUUACUUUUGGACUCGGUUGAUGAUGUUCGGGUUGUAGGAAUUUGUGGGAUGGGUGGAAUAGGGAAGACAACUCUGACUACUGCUUUAUAUGGUCAAAUCUCUCAUCAAUUUGAUGCACGUUGUUUUAUUGAUGAUCUAAGCAAAAUAUAUAGACAUGAUGGUCAAGUUGGUGCACAAAAGCAAAUUCUACACCAAACUUUUGGCAAGGAACACUUUCAGAUAUGCAAUCUCUUUGACACGGAUGAUUUGAUACGACGUAGGUUACGUCGGCUACGAGCACUUAUCAUUCUCGAUAAUGUUGAUAAAGUUGAACAGCUCGAUAAGUUAGCUUUAAAUCGUGAAUAUUUAGGUGCAGGGAGUAGAAUCAUUAUAAUUUCUAGAGAUGAGCAUAUCUUGAAUGAGUAUGGAGUUGAUGAAGUUUACAAAGUUCCACUCUUGAAUGAGACCAACUCUCUUCAAUUAUUUUGUCAAAAAGCUUUCAAACUUGAGCAUGUUAUGAGUGGUUAUGAUAAAAUGGCACUUGACACACUAUCUUAUGCCAAUGGCCUACCACUAGCUAUUAAAGUAUUGGGCUCAUUUUUGUUUGGUCGAGAUAUCUCUGAAUGGAGAAGUAAAUUGGCUAGAUUGAGAGAAUGUCCAAUCAAAGAUAUUAUGGAUGUGUUGCGAUUAAGUUUUGAAGGGCUAGAGAAUAUGGAAAAAGAUAUAUUUCUUGAUAUUGCUUGUUUUUUCAAAGGGUACAACAAGGAAUGUGUUACAAAUAUUCUAAAUUGUCGUGGGUUUCAUGCUGAUAUCGGAUUAAGAAUUCUCAUUGAUAAAUCCCUUAUAAGCAUUUCUUACGGAACUAAUAUUACAAUGCAUAGUUUGUUGGUAGAGUUGGGCCGGAAAAUUGUUCAAGAAAAUUCGACCAAAGACUUGAGAAAGUGGAGCAGGUUGUGGUCCCUCGAACAUUUCAACAAUGUAAUGUUGGAGAAUAUGGAAAAGAAUGUUGAAGCCGUAGUUAUUUGUCAUCCAAGACAAAUAAAAACAUUGGUGGCGGAAACAUUGUCAAGUAUGAGUCAUCUUAGAUUACUUAUAUUUGACAGGGGUGUGUAUAUUUCAGGAAGCCUGAAUUAUCUUUCAAAUGAAUUGAGAUAUUUUAAGUGGACAUGCUAUCCUUUCAUGUGUUUGCCAAAAAGUUUUCAGCCCAACCAGCUUGUUGAACUUUAUUUGUGGCGUAGCAGCAUCCAACAACUAUGGGAAGGCAAGAAGUAUCUGCCCAAUUUGAAAACUAUGGAUCUGAUGUACUCCAAACACCUAAUCAAGAUGCCAAAUUUUGGAGAGGUUCCAAAUCUUGAGCGGCUGAAUCUCGACGGAUGUGUAAAUCUUGUGCAAAUAGAUCCAUCUAUUGGUCUUCUGAGAAAGCUUGUAUUCUUGAACUUGAAAAAUUGCAAAAAUCUAAUAAGCAUACCUAACAACAUAUUUGGUCUCACCUCUCUUAAAUAUCUAAAUCUUUCCUGGUGUUCCAAAGUGUUUACCAAUACAAGGCAUUUGAAUAAACUUGAUUCGAGUGAAAUUGUAUUACAUUCCCAGUCAACAACUUCCUCCUUGUAUCAUAAUGCAGACAAAGGUUUAGUUAGUCGUUUGUUGUCAUCCUUGCUUAGCUUUUCCUUUUUGUGGGAACUUGAUAUUAGUUUUUGUGGUCUGAGCCAAAUGCCAGAUGCAAUUGGAUGUAUACCAUGGCUAGGAAGAUUAAUUUUAAUGGGAAACAAUUUUGUGACUCUGCCUAGUUUCAGGGAGCUUUCUAAUCUGGUAUAUUUAGACUUACAGCACUGCAAGCAAUUGAAAUUUUUGCCUGAGCUCCCUUUGCCUCACUCUUCACCUUCUGUUAUCAAGUGGGAUGAAUAUUGGAAGAAGUGGGGAUUGUAUAUUUUCAACUGUCCUGAAUUGGGGGAGAAGGAUCAAUAUAGUAGCAUGACUUUAUUAUGGUUGAUACAAUUUGUUCAGGCUAACCAAGAAUCUCUUGCCUGCUUUCGUGGGACUAUUGGUAUCGUUAUUCCUGGAAGUGAAAUACCAAGCUGGUUGAACAACCAGUGCGUAGGUAAAUCAACACGCAUAGACUUAUCUCCUACUUUGCAUGACAGUAAUUUCAUUGGCCUUGCUUGUUGUGUCGUAUUUUCUGUGACAUUUGAUGAUCCAACUAUGACAACAAAGGAAUUCGGACCAGACAUAUCGCUAGUUUUUGAUUGUCAUACUGCUACACUUGAAUUUAUGUGUCCGGUAAUUUUUUAUGGAGAUCUUAUUACACUCGAAUCAAACCACACAUGGCUAAUAUAUGUCCCUAGGGAUUCUCUGAGCUAUCAGAACAAAGCAUUCAAAGAUGUUGAUCAUAUCACAAUGACAGCUUGCCUUGAGGACGGAAACGGGUUGCAUGUGGAUGUGAAAACAUGUGGGUAUCGUUAUGUAUUCAAACAGGAUCUAAAACAGUUUAACUCAACAGUGAUGCACCACAGAAAUCCGUUUGCACAGAAGCGCAAGUUUUUGGCAAUUGAAGAUUAGUUUCUACCACAACCAUAUCCAUUAUCCGCGAUGAUUCAUCUGAUUAAAUAGAUCAUAAGCUGUAGCGAUUUCAUUUCAGCUGCACUUCCAAUCAACUUUGAAAUUACAACAAGGUUUGCAUUAGGUGGUACUGGUCAACAAUGGUUGGAAUCAAUAGGCAAUCGGAUCCUCAAUUUGGAAUCAGUCUGCAAUUGUCCGAAAUUCCAUUUGUCGGUAACAAGAGCAUCUUGUAAAUCCAUAUCAGAGAGCUUAAAUAAAAUUAGUAACGUCCUUGUUUCAGCUCUUGAGUCACAUAGGCACCUGUCUGAUGCACUUCUUAUCUACCGGGGAAUCAAGAAAACAUGACUGAAUAUGGGGCCAAAAGACGCUGUAAGUCUCACUGUAAGGAGAGAUACUUUCCAACAGUCGUCCUCAAGUUGGUGCAUACAAGUCAUAUGUAUGGAUCAAUCUUGUUACAAAUGAAGUAAAUCUGGAGUGCGUGAAGAAUUUCAUGAGAAUAUUUGCAAGCUUAUCAUUAAUCACUAGAGUUGGCCUACUCAAUAAUCUUCUCUGAAGCCAACUAAGCAACAGUUAGACCUGCACAAAGUCCAACAGCAAUUCUUUAUCCUACAAGUGGAAGAAACAUCAAUUAUCUUCAAGCCAUAACACCUUGUGCAGUCUUUGACAUUUUAUCUCCACACCAUAGUCUUCAGAGGAUGGAAGAGCUGACUCCACUUCCGGCAAUCACAAAGAAAAGAACUUCCAGUAAAUCUUGAGUUGGAUUGAGUUACGGUUUUGGAUGUGACUUGGCUAGAAGAAUUUUCAACCUCCUGACGAAUUUGUGAUCCGGAGAGGAUUGUACAGGGGUGCAGUUAUUAGAACUUGAAAAUAUUUAUUGCUUGUUGUAUUUUACACCUAUGGAUUUGAUUUAAUCUCAAAAGGAUCGAUCAUAAAUAGUAAUUUAGCUAAUUCCUUUAGGAAGAAACGGGAAUACAAAAUAAAGAUUAAACUACAAUGGAGAAAAGUCAUCGUGAUAGUGAGUUAGAGAGUGAAAACAGUAGAAUCUAAUCAAUUUAUAUUAGAUUAAAUAUUAAAUUUGAAGCACAAACCCGUAGAGUUCUCAGGUCAAUUUUUUAAUUCUUGUUUUAUGUUACAUCAGCAACACAUUUGGGUUUUCUCAAAAGCUAUGUACCUACGCGUUUUAGUGUUCUGUUUGGGGCUUAGCCCCUUUUUUCUACCAAAAGAAUAUAUUACAUCAGCAAAUUUGAACAAUUGAAAGCCCCUUUAGUGUUUAUUUAUUGUGUUACGUCAUGCUAUCUGAUGGCUAAAUUUAAUAUAGGGACCAUUUUGAUUGACAUGUUAAAUUUUCACAAACAAAAUUGCUAAUUCCGUGAAAGGUAGGUAUAAAGUUGAUGGGUAUGUGGGUAAAAUAUUAAGGAAGAAAUCAUUCCACUUGUGUUAUUCUUUCGUUACACUAUAUUAGAUGGCCUAUAACAAUGUCUCCGUAAGCUUAGCUUAGUUGGUAAGGACAAUCCAUAAUAUAUAUAAGAUCUGGAGUUCCAACCCCGAACACUACAAAAAAAAAAAAAAAAAUGUCCUGCAGCAGUAUGAGUAUCAUCCAUAGCAGCACCAACAAUAUCUCCUCUUCUUCAGCUCUAAUGAGAUCGACAAGAGGAGGAACUACUAUGACGUGUUUGUGAGCUUCAAAGGUAAAGACACUCGCUACAACUUCAUUGAUCAUCUUUUUGCUUCCUUCCGAAGAAAAGGUAUCAUUGCAUUCAAGGACGAUGCAAUGCUCAAGAAAGGUGAAUCCAUUGCACCAUAGCUCCCUCAUGCAAUUGAAGCCUCUCAAUUUUUAUUGUGGUCUUGAUGCAGCAAAAUUUCUAUGAAAAGUCUUAGCUAUCUUGCUAUGGAUUUGUUGCGAAAUUGCUAUGAUAAGUCUUAGUUAUACUGCUAUGGAUUUGUUAGGAAAUCACUUAGAUAAGUCAUACUUUUGUUUGCUACGGUAAAUAUAUUUUGAAUUACUUGUUUGCGGAAUAUUUGCUAGGAUUUUUUUCUAUAAGCUACGAGUUUACUGAGAAUGAUACCCCUAGCAAAUUUGUAUAGGUAUUCCGUAGCAAACCUCUAGCUAACUUUGUUUGUUUGAAAUUAACUGCGA